AGGGGGUUUUAGGGCCAGCCAUGGGGCUGGGGUCCGGCCACAGGGUUUGCAGCCAGCCGUGGGUCUUGGGGGGCAGCCGUGGGUCUCGGGGCCGGCCGUGGGGCCGGGGGCUGGGCCAUCCCGUUGCGUCCCGUCGCGUCCCGCCUGCAGCUUUGCUGAAGAACAACGGCAGGAAGGAGAAGUCGCCCAGCGCCCGCCCGCUGCUGGAGAUCUACUCGGCCUCGGGGCUGCUCCUGGCCGGCAUCCCGUGGAAGAGCGGCCGGCUGGUGCAGCUGGGCUGGACGGCCAGCGAGGACCUGCUGUGCAUCCAGGAGGACGGCACCGUGCUCAUCUACAACCUCUUCUGCGAGUUCAAGCGUCACUUCAGCAUGGGCAACGAGGUGCUGCAGAACCACGUGCUGGAGGCGAAGGUCUUCCACACGGAGUACGGCACCGGCGCGGCCAUCCUCACCGGGGCGCACCGCUUCUGCUGGGCCCCCACCGCCCCGCCCCACGGCUGCCCCAGCUCCCCGCCCCACGGCUGGCCCCUGGCCUAGCUGCUUCAGCUCCCA